AAAAUUACCAAUUCAACAAAUUCUCUUUCUGUUUCUUUUAUUUUAUUUUUUUUCUUCUGGGUGGAAAAAUUCAAUAUUAUUCAUAAACAUAUACAUAAACAAUCGUUCAUUUUCUUCUUCCAUACUUCAUACCAGCACAUUGCUGAAUUUAACAUGUCUUUGAUUUUGCGCUAUCAUUGAGUAAUUUUCUUAUUUUUCUUUUUGGUAAUUGAGUAAAGUUAUUUCUUAUAAAGUUACAAGUAAUAUCAGAGACAUAAAUAAAUAUAUCUUACAAAAAUACAUAUACAUAGACACACAUCAAUAUUCCUGUAUUUCCCUUAUGAAUUUUGAGUAGUGGGAUUAUUAAGUUCCCAGGUUGUAAUAAUUAUCAGUUUGUGGUUGUGCAGGAUAUAGAUAUGGAUGGGAGGGCUUUCAUUUGGGUGGGUGUUUUAUGCAUAGCGUCAACAAUCUUAGGCUACCGAGGAGUGGAGGAAAAAGUAGAUGUUGGUGAAGAAGGAUAUAAAUCAAACGGCUGUGAUUAUUUUGAAGGGAGUUGGGUUUACAGCAAUUCAUACCCUCUAUAUGCAGCAGGCGAUUGUCCUUUCAUAGGUUUCAAUUGCUUAGACAAUGGCAGACCUGACCAAGAUUACCUCAAGUAUAAAUGGAAGCCCACUGCCUGUGACCUUCCUAGGUUUAAUGGUGAGGAUUUCUUGGAGAGAAACAGAGGAAAAAGUAUAAUGUUUGUUGGGGACUCUCUAAGUAAUAAUAUGUGGCAGUCACUAACAUGCAUGCUUCAUACAGCAGUCCCAAAUUCUAAUUUCUCAUUAACUCAAACAGGAAAGCUCUCCACAUUUUCAUUUCCGGAAUUUGGAGUCUCAAUUAUGUUUCUGCAAAAUGGGUUUCUUGUGGACUUGGCUUAUGAGAAAAUUGGCAAAGUCCUAAAGCUCGAUUCUAUCAGCAGUGGCGACCAAUGGAAAGCAGACACGUUGAUCUUCAACACCUAUCAUUGGUGGAUUCAUACAGGGCGUUUUAAAACAUGGGAUUACUUUCAAGUAGGAAACAAGAUAGUGGAAGAAAUGGAUCGUAUGGAGGCUUUCAAGAUAGCAAUAACAACUUGGUCUAAAUGGGUUGAUUCUAAUGUUGAUACUUCGAAGACUAAAGUCUUUUACCAAGGAGUUUCUGCAUUUCAUUUCAAUGGCAGAGAUUGGGGUGAACCAGAGGCAAAGAAUUGUCAAGGACAAACCCAACCAGUGGAAGGAUCAGAGUAUCCAGGGCCUAGUAAUCCAGGAGAAGCCAUUGUAAAGGAUGUAGUAAGUUCCAUGGAGAAGAAGGUGUAUUUGCUUGACAUCACUUUGCUUACACAACUAAGAAAAGAUGGCCAUCCUUCUAUUUAUGCUGGCCAAGGAAGCAAGCUUGUGGACUGCAGUCACUGGUGUCUUGCGGGGGUUCCUGAUUCUUGGAAUGAAAUUCUAUAUGCCCUUUUGCUCCAAAAUUAGAAUUCUUUUCCUUUUUUUAUUUAAGUUUGAUGUAUUAAAAGAAAAAUCAAUAAAAUAAAAAUUUGACCAAGAGUAUCUUCCGCUUUUACUGCAUUUCAAUUUCUAGUUCUUAUCUUCGACCCUAGUGUCAUGCCCCUUUUCUUUUCCAACCAUGUAAAUCAUGUACAAUUCAUGAUUUAGUUUAUGUAAAAUUUGAAAGAGACUUUUCACUUUUUCUGUAAAAAUAGUAUGUAGUGGAAUACAUGUAUUGAUAUAAAAUAAUUUUUAUAAAAUACAUGUCAAAUGUCAAUCAUGGUGUAACACUGAUUGCAUAUUCCAUGUUAAGCAAUUGAAACCUACAAAAUAAACUUCUUCAUCAGAUUUCAACACCAUACCAUGAAGGGAAAGAACUAGAUUGAUACAAAAAUUACAGAAAGGACAUCUAUAAACAAAAACACAGAGAAUAAAACAACAGGCUUCCACGCCAAUAAGCUGAAACAUGAAAAUCAGAACCCUAGAAACCAAAAACUAUGAUGGUCUUGUAACCAUGGUCUAAGGACAGUCUCCUCAACAAAUUUUGUGCUGCAUUUGCUGCUUUAUCUUUCCUUCUUUAUUCUUUUGUCCCUUAU